UGGCAGAGAAGGGUGGAGGACACCGAGUGGAGGCCAGUGGAGGGAUUGGCAGAGAGAGGGGUGGAGGACACCGAAUGGAGGCCAGUGAUGGGAUUGGCAGAGGGGGGGGGUGGCGGAGAUGGAGCGGAUGGACUGAAGCGGGGAUAGCCAGCGGCGAGGCAGGUCAGUGAGGAGGGAGUUGCAGUAGUCGAGGCGUGAUAUGAUGAGGGAGUGGAUGAGCUGUUUAGUGGUUUCUGGGGUUAGGAACGUGCGGAUUUUGGCGAUGUUGCGGAGGCGGAGUCUGCAUGUUGCGGAGGCGGAGUCUGCAUGUUGCGGAGGCGGAGUCUGCACGAGUUUGUUAAAGAUUGGACUUGGGGCUGGAAGGAUAGGUUGGAGUCCA